AUGGUGCUAAACCCCUUCCAAUAUAAUAUGAUGUUGGUAAUGAUGACGACAGCGACGGCGAUAAUGAUGAUGAUGGUGAUGAUGAUGAUGAUGAUGAUGAUGAUGAUGAUGACGAACGAUGACGAUGACGAUGACGAUGACGAUGACGAUGACGACGACGAUGAUGCCGUUGCUGACGGUGUGUUGUUUCAGAAGGUUUUUUAA